AUGGGGCUUUCAGCUGGCACGAGCUUAAGCAUAUCAAGGUCACUUUACAAUAUUUUCAUCUAUGCUAUAGUUGCAUGUUGCUUGUGCUUGAUGCAUGCAAGCUUUCCUAUCACUGCAGCCACCUCCAGACUAGGAGGGAAUGAGACAGAUCAACUUGCAUUGUUAGCAUUUAAGGCCAAAAUAACCAAUGAUCCUCUUAAGGUUAUGAGUUCAUGGAAUGGUUCGAUUCAUUUCUGUCAGUGGCAUGGUGUUACGUGUGGUCGUCGACACAAAAGGGUCACCAUGUUGGACCUAAGUUCCCAGAAUUUGUUUGGGUCCAUAUCACCACACAUUGGGAAUCUCAGCUUUUUGAGAGUAGUAAAUCUCCAAAACAAUAGUUUUGAAAAAGAAAUCCCUCCAGAAGUUGGCCGCCUACGGAGACUGCAACAUUUAGGCCUCCACAAUAACUCAAUAAGCGGCAACAUUCCUAUCAACUUAUCUGCUUGCACUAACCUCCUUGGGUUGAUUUUCCAACGUAACAAACUGGUAGGGGAAAUUCCUAAGGAACUUGGCUCCUUGUCAAAGCUCAAGUUAAUGAAUAUUAGGCGUAACAACCUAAUUGGAAAUAUUCCUCAUUCUUUUAUGAACUUAUCGUCUCUUGAGGAAUUUUAUGCAUCCGAAAAUAAUCUUAGUGGAAGUGUUCCUGACGCUCUUGGCCAACUAAAAAAACUAACAACGAUUUCACUGGGGGUCAAUAUGCUGUCUGGUAUCAUUCCUCCCUCAAUAUUCAAUCUCUCAUCACUCAUAAUUUUUGAAGUGAUGAAUAACCAAAUCAGAGGCAGACUUCCCUCCGACAUUGGCAUCACUCUUCCAAGUCUUCGAUUCUUCGGCCUUACAAUGAACCAGAUUACUGGAUCCAUUCCUCUUUCAAUCUCCAAUGCAACUAAUCUUGAAACGUUGCAAAUAGGUGCAAACAAUCUUAACGGAAAAGUGCCUACCAUGGAAAGGCUACAUAAGCUUUGGUCUGUAAUGACCGGUCAGAAUCAUCUUGGAAGUGGAGGAGUUGGCGACUUGAGCUUUAUCUCCUCUUUGACCAAUGUUACCGAUUUAAGCAUCCCGGCUACUGCAAUUGGCAAUCUCAUCAACUUGAAUUGGCUAAAUAUGUGGGGCAACCAGUUCACAGGUAACAUUCCCACUGAGAUUGGAAAGCUUCAGAAACUGAAUAGAUUGUAUUUGAAUGCAAACAAUUUCUCUGGACAUAUUCCAUCUUCUCUAGGAAAUUUAAGUGCAUUAACCGAGUUCAGUGUGGAAAGAAAUAAUCUUCAAGGAAAUGUCCCUUCAAGUCUUGUAAAAUGCCAAAAUUUGUUGUUACUGAAUGUUUCUAAAAACAAACUUAGUGGUACCAUUCCCCUUCAUGUUUUCAAUCUCUCGUCCUUGUCAAUCUAUCUUGAUCUAUCUCAUAAUCAUUUCACUGGUUCCCUACCCAUUGAAAUUGGAAACAUGAAAAAUCUAGGUGAAUUAGAUGUUUCUGAGAACAUGUUGUCAGGUGAAAUUCCAAGCACAAUUGGUAGUUGUAUAAGCUUAGAGAUUUUACAUAUGGAGACUAACCUCUUCCAAGGAAGCAUCCCCACAUCUUUAAGCAACCUUCAAGGUAUUCAAGAACUGGAUCUUUCUCGCAACAAUUUGACAGGAAAAAUUCCAGAAUAUUUCAAGGACUUUCAAACGUUGCUGAAAUUGAAUCUAUCUUAUAAUGAUUUUGAUGGCAUGGUACCAAUAAAGGGUGUGUUUGGGAAAGCAAGCGCAAUUUCAAUCAUGGGAAAUAGUAAACUUUGUGGGGGUAUACCUGAAUUAGACUUGCCCAGAUGCAACCUCGUGAAUCCUAAGAAGAGGGGUUUAACUCUUUCUUUCAAAAUAGUAAUUGGCAUAGCUUCGGGAGUGUUAGUAGUGACUUUGGUGUUGUGUGCUUUAUGUGUUUUUUGGGGUAGAAAGAAACGAGAAAACCCUUCCAUAGGAGAUUCAGGAAGGUUCGUUUUAAGAGUAUCGUACCAAAUUCUCCAUAGAGCUACCAAUGGGUUUAAUGAAUCAAAUUUGAUAGGAGUUGGUAGCUUUGGGGCGGUAUAUGAAGGAAGAAUUCAUGAUCAGGAUGGGAAGAAGAUUGCUGUGAAGGUACUGUACCUUUUGCACCAAGGAGCUUCCAGGAGUUUCAUCACUGAAUGUGAGGCUUUGAGAAACAUCAGGCAUCGAAAUCUUGUGAAAAUACUCAGUGCAUGUUCAAGUGUUGAUUACCAAAGCAAUGAUUUCAAGGCUCUUGUUUAUGAGUUCAUGGUCAAUGGGAGUCUAGAUGAGUGGUUGCAUCCAAUUGGAGGGCAAUGUGAGGUGCCAAAAAAUUUAAGUAUUGUUCAGAGAUUACAUAUUGCCGUUGAUGUUGCUUGUGCGUUGGAUUAUCUUCACCAUCAUUGCCAAACUCCAAUAGUUCAUUGCGAUUUGAAGCCAAGCAAUGUUCUUCUGGAUGACAACUUGACUGCACAUGUAGGUGACUUUGGGAUAUCAAGAUUCCUUCUUGAUGUUAACCAUAACGAUAGCGGAAAUCAAGCCAGUUCUGUUGGAAUCAGAGGAUCUAUUGGUUAUACGCCUCCAGAGUACGGUAUGGGAAGUGAGGUGUCAAGAUCUGGUGAUGUGUACAGCUAUGGAAUCCUCUUGUUGGAGAUGUUUACAGGAAAAAGGCCAACUGAUGAAAUGUUCAAUAAUAAUAUGAACCUUCAUAACUAUGCUAAGAUGGCUUUGCCAGAGAGAGUAGUCAAUAUUGGGGAUUCAGUACUUCUUCAGAAAGGAGAAGAGGGGGAGAUGAGCACCAACAACACUAGCCAUCUGGGCCAUGUUAGUACCUACAAGAUUGAGGAGUGUUUGGCUUCGAUAUUUAGAAUUGGCAUUGCAUGUUCAACAGAAUCACCAGCUGAAAGAUUGGAUAUCAGUGAUGUUGUAACCAAGUUGCGUGUCAACAUGGACAAUCUUUUGGGAACACAUCAAGGAAGAAGAAUUACAAUUGCAGUUCAAUCAUAAGGAGGUGCAUAGGACCAAAUACAAUUCUAAGACACGCCGGUUAAUUCGAUCACUUCUCAAAUAAAUAGUUUUUCUGUAAUUUCUUGUCAUCUUUGCUUCAUGUAUUUGAAUUAUUUUUCACUAUUGUAUUUUUUUUUUGUAGUUGGUUUGUAGCUUAACUUCCUUAUUUAAAUUGUCAAUUAGAAGAGUAAUUUCAUAAACAAUAGUGAAAUAGCUUGGAUUCAGAAUUUUAUAAGAGUAGCAGCUACAUGUCUUGUUUCUUCCACGUUGGCUGGUUUUCGUGUUUUGGAGCUGUGGUUAUAGCCGAUUUGAUGUAAAACUUUGUUUUUGUGGUGUUCAUAGAAUUUUAAAGGCCUUUCAUGUUUGCUGGACC